AUGGCGAACGUUGAUGUAGCUAAAGCGAUGUUUUCACAAGCUGAUACAAAUCAAGAUGGAAUUGUCGACCGAGAUGAAUUUCGUAAUUGGGCUUCAAAUGCAACUGGAUCGACACCUUCAACACAUGAAAUAUUAACUGGUGGAGUUACUUAUAAUAGUGAUAAUAAUGCUAAAACUGGAAUAAAUCGAAAUGAAACUAGUUCACAGAGUGCUUUUGAAUAUGCUUCGGGUUUUAGUACUUCAAAUUCAGCUGCAGCUGCGGCAGCAGCAGCAGCAUUGAGAGAACGAACUAGUAGUACAACCGUUCAAACAAAUAGUGCACAAGAAACAAAUGAAUAUCUUUCGCGAUCAGCUAAUGGUAUUUAUAAUGAUCCUAAUCCAGAAAUUAUACGACGAGCGGCAACAGAAGGACCACUAACUUAUCAACAAAAAAUUCUUAUUCGAUUUCUUCAACCACCACCUGUUCCACCACCAGGCCCACUUAUAAUCAAAGAAAUACGUCCACCACAACCACCUCCACCACCACCACUAGUCGUACGUCAGCGUGCACCACCUCUUCCUUCACCACCUCCACUUAUCUUGCGCGAACGUCCACCAAUACCACCAAUAGCUACAGCUAGUCAAACAAUAAUUCGUCAUUUAAAUGCUGUACCUGUUCCACCACGAUCAGUCAUUGUCGAACGUCUUCCACCGUUACCACCAAAACCACGUGAAAUUAUUAUUGAACGAUGGAUUCCUUAUGGGCCACAAGCAAAACGUCGUACUAUUGUUCAACGUGCUCCACCUCCUGUUCGAUAUCCUCAACCACGUAAUAUUAUUAUCAGUUAUGAUUCUAUACAAACACGUAUCGUUCGACAAUUUCAAAGACUUGGUGUGACUCAACAAGAUCCUCAAGCUUAUGUAGCUCAAUAUGGUACAACAUUGUUAGAUUCUGCUACACUUACUCGACUAGCUCGUACAGCUGGAGUUGUUGAAGAUAUAUCACCACCUACUAUAUCAUCUUCAUUUAACAUAAAUACAGAAGGAACUUCUGCUAAUUAUGAAUAUUCAAAUAUAACAAGCGGUCAAGGUUUAUCAUCAUCAUCAAGUGCAACCGGUUUCGAAGGACUUCAAGUAGUUGGUGAUACUGAACCGAAUAUAUAUAAUUUAGAGACUCGUAAUAAUAAUAACCAUGCAAGUUAUUCAUCAUCAAAUUUUGCUAGUGAUAGUGUUUUAAAUGGUAAUGUUGGUAUAAACAACAAUACCGCAUUAGAUGUAGCUGCUGCUAGUUUUGGUGCUGCUGAUGUUAAUCAUGAUGGACGAUUAGACCGAGCUGAAUUUAUACGAUUUAUACAAGGUGGUGUUUAA